CCGCUCGUCUGACCAGCUCGCUCCUAGCUGCCUGGUUGCCUUACAACUUUGUCAGAGGGAGAAUAUCGGAAGCGCGUUGUCGUUUACUUGCUUCUCCCAUACGAAACAUGUCGGGGCAAGGUUGGACCGGUAGUUCACUUUAUAGUAGAUAUGUAAACUAACGCGCCGGAGAGAGUUCACCAUGUGGAGGAGUUUGUCUUUUCUUGCUUUCUUUUGGGGCUUCUGUAAAACUUCAGGAUCUUAUGUCAUCACAGUUGACGUGAGAAGACCAGAAAGAGAGCUCAGACCAUUCUGGAGAAGCACUGGCUUCUGCCCUCCUCUUCCUCACACGCAGGCUGACCAGUUUGACCUGAGCAUUGACCAGCAGCUUAAUUUGGCCUAUGUGGGCUCGGUCCCACAUGGAGGGAUCCUGCAGGUUAGGAUCCAUUGGAUGUUGGAGCUGGUCACUUCACAAGAUGUUGGAGGACAACCUCAGUAUAACUUCACUAAACUGGAUCAGCUGAUAGAACUCCUGUCAGUUAAUGGACUUCAACCAGGUUUUGAACUGAUGGGCAGUGUCUCAAACUACUUCAGUGACUUUGAGGAUAAAGCCCAAGUAGUUGAAUGGAGAAAUCUGGUUUAUCUCAUAGCCAAGCGCUACAUUGACAAAUAUGGCCUUGGAAUGGUUUCUCAGUGGAACUUUGAGACAUGGAAUGAACCCAACAACCAUGACUUUGAUAACGUCUCCAUGUCAAUUCAAGGGUUUCUAAAUUACUACGAUGCCUGUUCGGAGGGGCUGCGCGCUGCCAGCCAUCUCCUGAGAUUUGGAGGUCCUGGAGACUCUUGUCAUCCACCCCCACGUUCCCCAUAUUGCUGGGCCAUGCUGCAGCACUGCUACAAUGGCACUAAUUAUCUCACUGGAGAGACAGGCGUCAGGAUCGACUACAUCGCCCUGCACAAGAAGGGAGGAGGUUACUCUUUGCCCAUUCUCCAGCAGGAGAUCCAGACAGUUGGGGAGAUCCAGGAGCGCUUCCCCAGCUUCCGCAGCAUCCCUGUUUACAAUGACGAGGCUGAUCCUCUGGUGGGAUGGUCCAACCCUCAGGAAUGGAGGGCUGAUGUAACCUACGCUGCAAUGGUGGUAAAAGUAAUAAAGCAGCACCAGGAUCUGCUUCUGGCUAACCCCAACAACACCAUCAACUACACCCUUCUGAGCAACGACAACGCCUUCCUGAGUUACCACCCACAUCCCUUCACUCUGCGCACCCUGACCGCUCGCUUCCAGGUCAACAACACUCAGCCGCCUCACGUCCAGCUUAUCAGGAAGCCCGCCCUCACCGUCAUGGGCCUGCUGGCUCUGCUAGGAGAAACGCAGGUCCUGGCUCAGGUUUUAAACUCAGGAAGUGAACAAAAUAGCACGCUGGGCGUUCUCGUUAGCAUCCACAAGCCUGUGAUCCAUGGCGGGUCUGACAGCUGGCAGGCAGCGGUGCUGGUCUACAACAGUGACGACAACAGCACUUCCAGGCGCACCGAUGAUGUUACAGUCACACUGGAAGGACUGGCUGAGCAGAAGGGUCUGGUGUAUGUCACCUAUUACAUGGAUAACAGUGUAACCAACCCAUACCAGCUGUGGCAGAGCAUGGGCCGCCCUGACUACCCCACUGCACAGCAGUUCAGAGACCUCAGGAGUGUGGAGAGCCCCCAGGCCGAGGGACCUUGGAAAGUUCCUGCUGGUGACACUCUGAGUCUAAAAGCCAAACUGUCUCUGCCUUCAGUCCUCCUCGUCCAUGUUUGUGCCCAGCCUGAGGCCGUGCCAGACCAGGUCAAUGGUCUACGCUUCAUCAGGAUCACCAAAGGUCAAGUCCUCAUCAUCUGGUCAGAUCACUGUGAUGAUUCAAAGUCGUUGUCCCACCAGAAGGUGAACCUCUGCCCCAGUCACAAGUCUUUUGCAGUAUUCUUUCAGGAUUGUCCUUUAUUUAGCUCCACCUAUUUCCCCAUCAGAUUUCACCGGUUUCCUUGUCCUGGCUAAAAAAAAAAACAGUCCCACACCAUGAUACUGUGAUACUGCCAACAUCAUGUUUUAUAGUGGGGAUUGUGUGUUCAAGGUGUUGUCUGCCACACAGUGUUUAUCAGCUAUCCCAAGAAGAUGAAUUUUGGUCUAAUCUGACAGAGCAUUUUCUUUCACACCUAUGCUGUGUCCCCUUUAUAGCUUAUGAAAACUUGCAGAUGAGACUUUGUAUAUGGCUUUUAUUUUUCCACCAUUUUGUCAUUUUAUCCAGAUUUGUGGAGUACACAACUAAUAGUUGUCCUGUCAACAGAUUCUCCCACCUGAGCUGUAGAUCUCUCCUGCUCCUGCUCCUCCAGAGUUACCAUGAGCAUCUUAACGGUUUCUCUGAUUAAUGUUCUCCUUGUUCACCUGUCACUUAAGGUGUACAUCCAUGUUUUGGUGGUUUUUAUGUUGUGACAGUUUUUCCAUUUUGAGAUGAUGAUUUGAACAUUGAUCUGUGGAAUGUUCAAAGCUUUGGAUUUUGUUUUUAUGAUCUAACCCUGCUAUAAACUUCUUGACUAGUUUUUCCCUGACCUGUCUGCUCUGCUCCUUGGAACUGUUUGUUCACUAAUUUUCUCUAACAAGCUACGGUGAAAACAAAUCACUCAGAUGGACUGAAUUUACUAAUAAGAUUUCACCUUUUCAGGCUUUUAUUCAUAAUGUUUUUUUUUUAACAAAUUGCAUGAUUUUCUUUUUACUCACUGAUAUGCAUUACUUUGUUAAUCACACAAAAAAAUCCUAUAAAAUGUGAAAAGUUCAAAGGAAAUGAAUACUUGUGUUUAGAUGCAAUCUUAACUUUUUAUCUUAAAAAUAUUUUCAUUUAAUGUCCUAUUUUGGUGGCAUGAUGUAUCUGUUCAGAAUAAUUUUAAUAUGUAUUAUCCUCUUGGAAUUCUUCCUAUUAUCUAUACUUAAUCUAUCAUCGUUGUUUUUAAAUGAGUCAUGACAAAACUAACAGCAGACCUCUACAUGUUCGGUUUUUUUUUUUCUCCGGGGGUUAUUUUAUUAAAAUCUUUCUAUGCCUAAUACGUUGGAGAACUUGUGACAUCCAUGUGAGUUAAACUAGUUAUAAACCAUUCUAAAAGGAAUACAAACAGACCCUGAAUAAAAACAAAAUCCUAUUAAAUGCUUAUCAAGAAUUAUGAUAGUGGGAUAUCAUGUCCUUGGCAUCUGUUUCAGAUGUUUCACUUAUUAAUCAAAUCAACUCAGAACAGUGUAUUGUUAUUUCAUUAUGUAACUAAUAGCAUACAACAAAAUGAGACAGCACUUGGCUGGGAUCUUUAAAAAACAAGUCUAAAAGAUUAUCAAACAGAUAGAAAGAAAACAGAUGAAAACCAGAUGAGUUCAGUAAUGUAAAAAGUAUAAUCUUUAAAGCAGCAAUCUGUGCAGCAGUCUGAUGCUUCCACUUUCGAUGUGGCUCUGUUUUCCUAAGGCAGCAGAUCAAAAAGGUCUUGAAGAAGGAUCCCAGAUUAAUCAAAUUCAUCUGUGGUCACUAUGAAUGCUGUAAAUUGUGUUGAACUUUUUGCAGGAUACUAUGAAAGUAUAACAACAUUCAUAUACAGGGCUUAGUUAAUACCAUAGAGAGAGUUGUCUCAACUGCCAGGCACAUUUCAGUUUGUAGAAUGUAGAAAGUUGAAGCUCUCAGCAGGAACAUGUGUUUUUCAUCACAUUCACUGUUAAAACGUAUCUAGGAGCAGCGUCCUUAUGAGGUUAGAAGAAAUGUGUUCUUUCAAACAUAUCUUUUCUUUUACUGACAGUCAUUGUAGACACUAGUUAUGGCAAGAGCAGAUUUUAUUUCAAAACUGCAUUCUGAUUCAGUUAAACAUUGUGAAUUCAUUAUGACAAGCAUCAUUGGCAAAACUUCUGAAUAUUGCACAGGUCUGAAAAGCAGCAUCACUAUUUACAGGUAAACCUUUAACAAGUUUGACUUACAUUUCAUAUCUUAGCCUGGUUUUGAUAGUUUCACUUGUAAACAUUUUUCCUCCUCUUGGCUUCACUGAAGUCACAUUGCACAGAAACUGAUUUCAAGGAAACAAACAUAUAUACAGUGCCUUGCAGAUUCAUUCAACCCUCUUAAAGGUUUUCACAUUUUGUGAUGUUACCCCAAAAGGUGAUUCCACAAAGUGCUAGCUUAGCAAACCUAACCCAGAUGCUCGACAGACUUCAGAUUUUCAUGUUUUAUAACUUCUCAAGCCCAUGUCUCUUUCAGCUUCACAAUAACACACUGAUUUGUGCUGCUCUAUAACAUGAAAUACCAAUACAAUAUACUUAUUUCCACCUAAUGUAAAAAAGGUCAAGGGGUAUACAAACACUUGCAAGACACUGUUAUACAUUACAAAGAUGGUAUAUAAGUUAUGCAUCUUAUACUUGACUAUUAAUAAAAAUUAUUUUCUAUGUUCAAA